CUUCGACGGAACAAUGAAUCAAAUAACGAAUUUUCUGUUCCUCUGGAAAGCUGCAAAUACUACGUACUUCUAGUCUACGAUGUGAAAGACAUACAGAAUGUUGAGAUGAAUGAAAGAUUUAAGCACGCCGUGUUAUGCGAACGAGUGUGGCUUUCCAAUAAAGAUCAAAGGUUAAUCGAUUUUAUUGAUACGGCAUUUGAAGUGAUCGGGGAACGUUUUGCAAACGACUCAAGACGUAAAGUUUAUCGUUACUAGGGAUAUAUAGACGUGGAUGCGAAUAAGAGUAAAAACUCCAACUGUGCUCAAGUAUAAAUAGCAAUAUAAAGUAUGAUGGGAGGCUACGCAUCUACAAACAUAAUUAAUUUAUUAUUUUUUCAACAUUAAUUGUAUGGUGUAGGAGUUAAAUGUUAUAAAUUAUAUUCGUAUUAUACACGUUUAAUAACACAACUAUUUAACCGAUAUUGUAAAUCGGAAGAUAGCGAAUUUAUAUCUAUUAUUUAUAUUAUAUACUUACUCAAAUAUUAGAUACACUUAAUAUUAUCGAAACAUAACGAUUUUAUAUCUUAUUUAUAUUAUGUACUUAUUCAAAUGUUACUUACACUUUAUAUUAUAUAAUAUAAUACAAUUAUUGUUUAGGAAAAGUCAAAAGUACUGAAACAUAAGUUACUUACUUGUAUGAAAAUAUUAUAUGAAUUACAUGUCAUAAAAUAUAUUAAAUUUUAACUACAA